UCUUUCACCUUCCCCACCUUAUUUUCUUCUUUUAGACUCUCUUUGCUUAACAUGUAUAUCACAAAGUCUCUCAUACGUAUACUUUACCAUGCUAGAUUACAAGAUAUAGUAUUCUCUUGUCUACUAUAUAUAUUAGUAUAAUUCAUCGCCUAAUUUUAAAUCUACACAACAUUAUUUCUAGGAGCCCUCCUGUACGUCCUGUCAUAUAUUAUAUAACAUCAUCAAGGUAUUACUAUCUUUUCUUACCCUUCUCAUAUCAGAAAACUCAAGACAAGAAGACUUCAUACAUUGUUGAAGGCCGUCAUCAUGGAAAAGCAAGAAAUGACACCAGCAGCAGCAGCACAUCCAACUAAUUAUGUUUUUACACCACAAACUCCCCAAAUGCCCUCUGACAUGGACUGGUCCUUUUUUCUAUCUCAUCCUGAUCCUGAACAAGUGCCAUCACAGUAUGAAAUGCCUAGUGCAUCUGUGACCACAACACUGGUGUCUGAGGAUCAAACCAAAAUUAGCAAUUGUGAUGAUCAUGAUCAUCUUAAAGAAGAAGAAGACGAAGAAGAAGAAGAAGAAGAGCAAGAUAGAAACAAGGAAAAGAGAAGAGCUAGUAGAGUGAGUCGUCGAAAAGCAGGGCCCCCGAGGGUUGAGUUUCAGACAAAGAGUUCUGAGGACUUACUGGAUGAUGGAUACCGAUGGCGAAAAUAUGGACAGAAAUCUGUCAAGAAUAGCCUUUUUCCCCGGAGUUACUAUAGGUGCACACAUCAUACAUGCAAUGUGAAGAAACAGGUUCAGAGGCUGUCCAGGGAUACCAGCAUUGUGGUCACCACUUACGAGGGAAUUCACAACCAUCCCUGUGAGCAGAUCAUGGAAACUUUGUCUCCUCUUCUUAAGCAAAUGCAAUUUCUUGCUCAAUUCUAAUUUACUAGCUCUUUGUGCGCUCAUUUCUAUUAACUAAUAUACAUACUACCACCUUAUAAUUUGAACACCAACUCUGCUCACUUUCAGGCUGUCUGUUAAUUUAAGCAUGCAUGCACUUGAAAACCAGGAACAUAUGAGUGCAUACUGAAUUACUGCUCUAACUAUAAUUUGCUAACUGUUCCAUCUCUGUAUUAUCCCUAAAAUGUAUUAAAUCCUCAUCAAUACUCAUGUACUAUCUUUCUGUGCUUUAUGUAU